AUGCCAGCCCAAAAGGCCAGAUGGGUUUUUUCCUUCUCUCUUCUGCUCUUCUGUGCUUCUUCCAUCCCAACGCAGGGAAGCGCGAGGCUGCUGCAGGAGCUGAGCCCCCAGGAGUAUUUCAGUAGCCUGCAAGCCGGCAGAGCAUCCCUGGCUUAUUUCAGCCAUAACGUUUCUCCCGGUGCCCAGCCCUUCUUGGAGCAGAUUGAGCACUCGGCCGAGGCCCUCCAGGACUAUGGCGUUUCGGUGGUGAAGGUUAAUUGUCCCAAAGAGGAUGUCUCAAGAUACUGUGGAAAAGAAAAUGCAUUAAGGAAAGCCUACCUGUUCAGAGGUAACAUGCUGAUCAGAGAGUUCCCCACCGAUGCCUUGUUUGACGUGAAUUCCAUUGUUGCUAACGUUUUGUUUGCCCUGCUCUUCAAUGAAGUUAAGUACGUUGAAACACUGGCAGACCUUCAGAACAUUGAAAACACAUUGAAAGGGAGGUCGAACAUGGUCUUUGCCUACGUACCAGCUACUGGGACAGCAGAGCACAGAGCUGUGAUGGAGGCAGCUUUUGUCUAUGGGACUGUCCACCAGUUUGUUCUGACAACUGAGGCAAUGCUGUUGAAAGACACUGGCAAUGGUGAGUCUGAUGCGUCAUCUGCUCGGCUGUUGUUCUGCCACUGCCAGCGGGCCACGGACUUGGCGCAGCCCUGCAGGAGGACAGCCAUGGGGCAGACCCUGACGAUGCUCAACAUCCACAGGCACCUCAAGCUCAUGGGGGCUCCUCUGGUGACAGAGGUUGCCGAGGACCCAGAGAAGGUUUCCACCGUUCACUUACAGCUUGGGCUACCGCUUGUGUUCAUCCUCAGCCAGAAAGAGACCUACGAGGCUGACAGGAGGACAGCAGAGUUUGUGGCCUGGCAGCUCUUGGGGAAAGCAGGAGUCGCCCUUUUGUCCAGGGACCUCGUGGAUUUGAACAUUCUGCUCCGCUCAAACGUCGCUCUCAAGACACCAGAUGAGGGAGUGCCAAUCAAAUACCUGGUCUUGGAAGACACUGAUGAAGUUAUAAAGCUGGUGGAAGACAAGAACAAAGUCAAACGAAUCCAGGAGGAUGAGGAGGAGAAUGAGGAAGAUGAGGAUGAAAAAGAGAAUAACAGUCAAGAUAUUCAGGACGAUCAGGUGGUGGAAGCGGUUUCCAGGGACAAGAAGCGAGAGCUGCCCCUGGAGCAGAUCCUUGUCCUGACAGAGGAGACUUUCCACUCUGCCCUCUCGGAGACUGCCCGGACAGUGGUGCUGUUUUAUGCCAGCUGGGAGGCAGUGUCCCUGGCAAUGCUGCGGUCUUAUACCAAGGUGGCCGAUCACCUGAAAGGAAUGCAGGGGGUUUUGCUCUCUCGGGUAAACUGCUGGGACUGGCCCAGCGUUUGCACAGCGGAGAAUGUCACUCAGUUUCCUACCAUCAAGAUUUACAAGAAGGGAGAGCGAGCGGUGAUGUACGAUGGCAUGUGGGGGACCGAAGAGCUGACCAGCUUCAUCAUGCUGAGCCGAGUUUCCUGCCCUCUGAAGCUGGCCACAGUUGAUGAAGCAGAAAGAUAUUUAAGAGGAGAGUUUCCGUCUGAGCUGUCAUCCUAUCACCACACUUCGCUUCUAGGAGUAUUUAGCACAGCCACGAAUGAAGCCAGGAAAGCUUUCGAAGAGGCAGGAAACAUCUUAACUGGCCAUGUUACAACAGGGAUGUAUUUUGAAGAUGAUGCCUUGGCUUUAUCCCGUAAAUACGCCGUGUCUCCUCCAGCCCUCCUCCUUUCCAGGAGCGGAGGUCAGAGCGUGGAAGGCAUCGCUCUGUCCAAACAGAGCGCGCAGGAAAUGGUGCAGAUGAUCAGAUAUGAAUUGCUGGACGUUUUUCCAGAAAUCACCGUGCAAAAUCUGCCCCGCUACUUGCAACUCAGAAAGCCCUUCCUCAUCUUGUUCGGCGAUGGUGACAUCAGUCAGAUGGAAAGCAAGGAAAUGCUGAAGCUGGCAAAAGGAGGACCCCAGCAAGAGUUUGUGGCUUGCUGGUUGAACUUGAAGAAGACUCCAGUGGGACGCGGGGUCCUGAAGGCGUACUUUGCCACCGUACCUUCGCUGCCUGUUCUCGUCUGGGUGAACCUUCAUGCCGGGGGUCAGGUAUUCAAAUUCCCAUCAGAGCAGUCCAUCACUGAAACAAACGUCUUGUCUUGGCUGGGGAAGUUAAAAGCAGGACUGGAGAUUCCCAGCAGUACCUUGUCUGAAGAAGACUGGAAGCCGCCUCUCCCUGCAUACGACUUCCUCCAGAUGAUGGAGACAGCCGUGCCCGAGCUUGCCCUCCACACGUCCCACCACCGCAGGGACACGUCGGAGCGGCGCCCGUCCGAAAGCCCGGGAGGGGACACUGGUGUCCGGGAGGAGCCGUCCCAGGAGACCAAGGCAGAGAAAGUCGGGUCCCCUGGGAGGGACCUGCGGGGGACAGCCCCGAGACUGGCGGCAAGGGAGAAGCAGGGCAAGAGACACAGUGAGCUCUGA